AUGGGUUCCACCGCCGUCUCCCGCGCGAAAUCAGCAGAACACAAUCUCAUGGGUUCCACCGCCGUCUCCCGCGCGAAAUCAGCAGAACACAAUCUCAUGGGUUCCACCGCCGUCUCCCGCGCUGAUCAGAUUGAUAAGGUUAGCAGAAGCUAUAGUCCAGUAUCGUUCUACAUGGAUUCCGCCGUCAACCAGCCUGGUCCGGUUCGUAAGGGUAACAACAAGUCCUCCGAAUCAAAGAUGAAUAAACGGUUCAAAGAAAACUCUAUUCCACUAUCCUUCUACACCACCACCCUCGUCUACUACCCUGCUCCUGAUCCUGAUCCUACCUAUGAAUCUUUGAUGUAUAUAUAUGUGCCAAAUGAAGAAAAGCUCAGCCAUCAACUCUCGUUCUACAUGGAUCCCACCCUCUCCCACCCUGCUCGUAAAAUCUAUAUUCCAUUUUCCACCGCCGAUUCCUCUCUAUUGAAGUCUGUGGCAAAUGUCACCGUUCGUCGUUUCCAGGACGAUUCCUCUCAAUCCAAGUCUGUGGCAAAUGUCACCUUUCAUUUCCAGUCCUCUGGAUCAAUGGCAAAGGUUAGCUUUGGUAGCUUUGAUUCCCAGUCCUCUCAAUUCAAACCAACUGAAUCAAAGGUCAGCGAAUUGAAACCAACUGAAUCAAAGGUCAGUUUUGGUUCCCGGUCCUCUGAAUUGAAACCAUCUCAAUCAAAGUUAAGCUGUCGUAGCGUUGGUUCCCACUCCUCUGAAACAAAAUCAUCUGAAUCAAAGUUAAGCUUUAGUAGCUCUGGUUCCGACUCCUCUGAAUCAAAAUCAUCUCAAUCAAAGUUAAGCUUUGGUAGUUUUGGUUCCGACUCCUCUGAAUUAAAGUUCAUCUUUGGUAGCUUUGGCUCCCUGUCCUCCCAAUCAAAAUCUGUGGCAAAGGUCAGCAAAAACUAUAUUCCACUAUCCACCGCUGCUCCGUCCUCCAAAUCAAAGGUUAGCAGAAACUCUAUUCCCGAUAAAGUUGCUUUCUCUAUUCUUUCAAAACUGCCUGUAAAAUCAUUGAAGCGCUUUGGAUGCGUAAGCAAAUCAUGGUCCAUUUUAUUUGAAAACACUGAUUUCAUGACCAUGUACACCAACCAUUCCAUAUCUUGUCAUGGUUCUCACGAUGAUUAUCAUACAUUUAUUCUCACAAACCAUUGUCUUGGUUAUCGUCUUUACCACUCUGAAUUCCAUUUGCUCGACAGCAGACUCAAAUUAAAUUUGCCAUCUCCACUUCAACGCUCUCGCUAUUAUACUUGUAUUCUUGGCUCCACAAGUGUUAACGGCAUUUUUUGUCUUGGGCAAACUACUGCAAAUAGGGAUUCCCAGUCCCUAUAUGUAUUAUGGAAUCCCCUUACCCAGGAAUUCAUGGUAAUUCCUUCUAGCCCCGCUGAACUUACACCAAAACACCGUUCAGGGAUGACCGUCUAUAUGGAACAUGUUAUUCACGGGUUUGGUUAUGACCAACUUAGACAUGACUUUAAGCUCAUUCAGUAUGUAUCAUUUGGUUCCCACCUCUAUCCUUGGCUUAAAACAAGUUUUGUUGAGAUAUAUAGUUUAAAGAAUAAUUCUUGGAGAAUGAUCGACAUGGACAAUGAUCUGUCUCAUUGGGGUUAUAUUCAAUGUAGGUCAUUUUAUGGUUUCGAAGUUUAUCUGGAUGGAGCAUGUCAUUGGUUGGUUUCGGAUUGUAUCAACCAUCGACAUGCUAUGACUCUCUUGUCAUUUGACUUGACUAAUGAGGUGUUCAUUACAACACCCAUCGGGGAAGAACCUUAUAAUCCAUACUCCGGUCUUGCACGCUUGACGGUGUUAAAUGGAUCAAUUGCUUUAAUCUCAAACUAUCAUGAUGACCUUGUUUUUCAAAUAUCUAUUCUGGGUAAACUUGGUGUGAGCGAAUCAUGGAUCAAACUAUAUACUUAUGGCCCCUUACCUUCCAUCCAAUGGCCCCCAAUUGGAUUUGGGAAGAUGGGACCUAUUUUCUUUAACAAAAAAGAUUAUGAAGUCGUCUAUGUUGAUUUGAGCACCCAAAUAAUUGAGGAGGUUGGUAUUACUAGUGGAAAGACAAAUUAUAAUAUUGGCGGUCUUUACAAGGAAAGCCUUCUUUCGUUGAAGGAUCAUGUAACUAGGUCUUUACAAGGAAAGUCUUCUUUCGUUGCAGGAUCAUGUAACUAG